CUGGCUUAUCGCGCCGCGCCACUUCCCGCCUGCUAUAUGGGGCUUGGCUGAGGGGGACGGGCCUCAGCGCGCCGCAGUGUGGGAUUUGGUGUGAGUUGCAUGCCCUCCAGAAUCACAGAUGCGUUAUUUUUCCGCCUAAACACAACGUAAUGGUCUCCUUCUCUGUGUUGGCGGCUGUGGUGGUGAUGAGUGGAGUGGCGGAGCGGGCAGCGGGUGUUGACGCACCGUGUCUGGAGUACGCGGCGUGUUACAAAGAGGCAUACCUGCACCACAGCCACCUAGAGAUCCACCACUACGACCACGAUACACGCAGCGCUUCCUCCUGCCUCCCGGUAUGCCUGGAGUAUCGGCCGUCCACGCAAUUGGUCAUGGCCAAGAUUAUCGAGAUGAACGAGCGUCUGGUGUGCGGCUGCGGCGACAAGGAGGCGUUGGGGAGUGGCAGGGGCGCCACCGAGGACCUGGUCGGGUGCAAUCCAUGUCCUGACGGGGAAGAGAAAUGCGGCGGAGCGGUCACCGUCAGUAUUUACCGCGUGGAACAGAGCGGGAAGUGUCGGAAAGGCCUCCACCCUUACCCACUGAUCGCCACCACAGCCACAACCACCACAAUCACCACCACCACAACAACACCGGGACUGCACGAGGGCGAAUUAGUGAUAGAACCGUCAUCCAAAGUAGAGUUCUUGGGUUACGUGGAGGUGAGUUCGGACGAGCGGUCUGCACUACGGCUUCAUCUACUGCCCAGUGCCGGAGGUGAGGCUGAGCGUUGCCUGUCCAUCUGCAUGACGCAAGACUCACAGCAACACUACGGCUUCCUCAGGCCUUUUGGGGGUGUUGUCUUAUGUGGCUGUGGAACUCGCGACUUCUUCACUCGCCUGACCAACCCGCUGAAGAAGGACCCUACUGCCGACAAUCCCUUCGGCAACGCUGAUACCUUCGUCGUGUACAGGGCUGGAGCGGCGCCGUGUCCACUGCUGCAUCCCGGCCUGGCCCUGGUGGCGGCGGCGGCGGUGGUGAUGGGGACGAGGGCUUAUUGAUGCUGCGUCUUAGGUUAUGCAAGUCUUUUAAUCUCUCUCUUUUUUUCUUUUUUUUUUUACAGCAAGGGAAGCAGAUUAGGGGCAAAAAAAUGGAAACAAGAAAGACCUCUGAUAGUGAUAGUGUUGAUGAUCGUAGCGGUAGUAGUAGUUAUAGUAGUAAGAGUGGUAGAAGCAAUAGUGGCAGCAACAGAAAUAGUAGUAGUAGUAGUAGUAGUGCAGUAGUGGUGUUGGGAUGUUGAUGGAAAUUGUAGUUUUUGUGACAAUAAUGAAUAAGUUUUCUAAGACUAAAUACACUGAAAAGAUAGAGGAAAAA